GGGCUGCCGGGGCAGGGGGAUGCGCGGGGCCGCGCGUAAGGGCCGCGGGAGCGAGCGCGGGGGCCGGGCUAGCGCCAGUCGCCAAGGGCAACCUGCCUGCAGAUCCUGGCGGGCCGGGGGGGACACCCCGGCGCUUCCGGGGCUGCGGGGGGCCCGGUGCAGCAUCCCGGCCGCCGCAGCCCCCGCGGAUUGGGGGUCCUCGCCGCGGGCAGAGCCAGCAAAGCACCGCAGGGGGACGGGUUAAGGGGAUGUCUGCGGCUUUGUUUUCCAGCAGAAAGCAUCUAUCAGAAACCUGGAUUGUGGUUUUUUAACGUAUUUUUAAUGCUGAAGCUGGCUUUCGUGGCAGGGGUGAUGGGGGCGAGGAUGAAGAACCUGGGUUCCCACCCGGCGAGCGUGCUCUGUCUGUCGCUUUAAAGGGUCCAGAUGCUCCCGAUCAUCUGAUUCAGAUCGAGCAGGACUUGGCAUCACCAACAGCCCGUGGAUCUCACCGGAGCAGCGCCGGCACCUGCUGCUGCCCCCCAGGAGGGACCCAACCGGCUCCUCCAACCGCUGAAGGACUGAGAGGGUGGUCCCCGUUGCUGUGCGCUCCAUGGACCAGCUCCCAGCAUGAGCGCCGACGCUGAGCAGCUCCCAGCAGGGGCCCAGGCGGCCAGCGUGCCCCUCUGGACCGUAUCCAGCUGGGCGGCCUCCGAGGUGCCCCCCAACACCAGCGUGGCCACGGGGGAGGCCGGGCGGCAGCAGGGGCAGGCGCAGUGGGGUGGCAAGGCGGGAGAGAUGGCAGGCAUGGUGGUGAUCCAGUGCAUCUACGCCCUGGUGUGCCUGCUGGGGCUGCUGGGCAACUCACUGGUCAUCUUCGUCAUCCUGCGCUACACCAAGAUGAAGACGGCCACCAACAUCUACCUGCUCAACCUGGCCAUCGCCGACGAGCUCUUCAUGCUCAGCAUCCCCUUCGUGGCCACCUCGGCUGCCCUGCACCACUGGCCUUUCGGCAGGGCACUGUGCCGUACCGUGCUGGGCGUCGAUGGGCUCAAUAUGUUCACCAGCGUCUUCUGCUUGACCGUCCUCAGCCUGGACCGCUAUAUUGCGGUGGUGCACCCGCUGCGGGCGGCCACCUACCGUCGGCCUCGGGUGGCCAAGAUGGUCAAUGGCGGCGUGUGGCUCCUCUCCUUGCUGGUGGCUUCGCCCAUCCCCAUCUUCGCCGGCACAGCGACCACCCGCGACGGCCAAGCCGUGGCCUGCAACCUCCUGUGGCCGAGCCCGGCUUGGUCAGCCGCUUUCGUGGUCUACACCACCUUGCUGGGCUUCCUGCUGCCAGUGUUGGCCAUGGGGCUGUGCUACCUGCUGAUCGUGGGCAAGAUGCGGGCAGUGGCACAGCGGGUGGGCUGGCAGCAGCGCCGGCGCUCUGAGGGCAAGCUGACACGCCUGGUGCUCAUGGUGGUGGCCAUGUUCGUGGUCUGCUGGAUGCCCUUCUACGUGGUGCAGCUGGUCAACCUCCUGCUGCCCGGCCGCCUGGACGCCACCGUCAACAACGCCUCCCUCAUCCUCAGCUACUCCAACAGCUGCGCCAACCCCAUCCUCUACGGGUUCCUCUCCGAAAAUUUCCGGCACUCCUUCCACGGCGUGCUGCGCCGCUGCCUGGACGCCAGCCUCUGCUGCUGCCAUGCCGGGGACGGCACUGCCGAGGAGGAGGAGGAGGAUGAGGAAGAGCCCCUUGAUUACUGCGCCACUCCGCGCGGGGAGGACAAGGGCAAGGGCUGUAUGUGCCCCCCCUUGCCCUGCCAGCAGGAGCCCGUGCAUCCCCAGCCCUGCUGCAAGCCAGGACCCCUCCUCACAAAGACCACCACCUUCUAGGGCGUCCCCCCGCCCUGCCGGCCACCCCCAGGCACCGGCAAUGGGGACCCCAGCCGGAGAGGGGACAAGCAGUCCCACACAAUCAAAAAGCCAUAAGACUGGCCUGGCAUAGAGUUAAUUACGUCGGCUGAUUAAUCAUUGCCGUUACUUUCAGCACUGAGGAGCCUCCCCGCUGGGAGGAUGUCAAAAUGCAUCAGUGACUGGUGACCGGAGACACGGGGUGCGUGUCCGUCCACAGUAAUAAAACAGAAACUUCCCGUUCCUGCCCGAGACAUGCUCUGAAAGGUGGAGAAAAGCCCUAAAACCCACCAGCCCCGGGGCGAGGGGAUGGGACAGACCGACUUCUGCACCAGCUCUGCAGGCGUGGGGAGCAGCGGUAUCAAUCUGACCCCUUUGGAGCAGCAAUCUGACCCCUUUGGCUUCCUCUGAUGUGAAAAAUAAAGGGUUUUCUUAGCACCUGAGGUCAAAGCUCGAGAAUACGCAAACCUGAGCCUGGGCAGGCGCCAGGGAGACCCAAACCUCCCUUCAGCUGAUGCAAAAAGGAAACAAACGUGAGUACCACCAAUAAACCUCUGCCGCGCACACCCCAAAUUCCCAGGCAAAGGGACUGUAGCAAAGACAGGAGCAAACUUGUAUUUUCCACCAGAAAACCCAGGAGAAGCGAAUGCCACGGGUGAACAUCACCCCCGGUGGUACCCGAAACAUAGACCCAGACAAACUCCAGCCGCAGAACAGCACUGAGGCCACACCAGCUUGGUAGCGUUCAAUUAGCCAUUUUCAGCUUAUUUGGUUCUAACUUUGUCCUUUUACUGUUAUUCUCAUUCUCCAUUAUUUAUGGCUCAUUCCUUCUAUUUUAAUCACGGCUGAAGGGAGCAGCGGGGCACGUUUUCAGCCCCAUGCUCCUUUUUGGUUUGUUUUCCUGCUCCAGCGAGGUUUGUGACCUCUGGAGCUCUGGCUGCCAGACGGGCCGGCGAUCGGUGAGGGAAAGAAAACCCACGGUCACUUUUGGGGAGAGAGAGAAAGAAUAUGUCAUUACCAGCUUUCUAUAAACCAGACUGUUAAAGCUUUAUUGGUCGACACACAAAAUCACCAUGUGAUUGUGCAUUGCGUAGGGUAUAUUUCCAAUAAAUAAAUAAGUAUUUACAAA